ACACUCGUCUCAGGGAUCAGGCAAGGAGCUGCUUUUUGUUUCAGCGCUCCUCUAUCAGUAAAAUAGGGAACCGGGAUUUAAACGGGAUGAUAUUUGACUCGAACCAUAGUUUUCAGAGAGUUACAGUCCUCGGAGCAAAGUUGUCAUCGAAGCAAGUGCGUCGGGCGCUUGAAUUGUGGAUAGACAACUUCAAGAUUCCUAUCGUUUCAGUCCGAAGGCGAGCAGCAGAGUUUGGGAAGUAUAACACGCUGGAUAUAAAUGUACCCCGAAAGAAUCUAAAAACAGUUCUUCGCAACUGAAUGGAAUACGUAGGCAACGAAUAGAAUUAGAACCACACUGGGUACGCUACAAAAUCGACACAAAAAUACGUAUUUGACUAUGCCUGCGCGUAAAAGAAUACGACAGAAUGCCAUUGCAAUGACGGAAGAUGGCAGCAGUAGCAGCGACAGUUUUGGGAACACUAUGAAAAAGAUGUUGAAAUGCGUGGUGGUCGGAGACGGGGCCGUGGGGAAGACUUGUUUGCUUAUGAGCUAUGCUAAUGAUGCAUUCCCAGAGGAGUACGUUCCAACUGUAUUCGAUCACUAUGCAGUAAAUGUGACGGUGUCAGGAACACAGCACUUACUGGGCCUUUAUGACACGGCUGGACAGGAGGACUACAACCAGCUACGACCGCUGUCCUACCCCAACACUGACGUCUUCCUCAUCUGUUUCUCUGUGGUCAACCCUGCCUCCUACCAUAAUGUCCAGGAGGAGUGGGUCCCAGAGCUGAAGUCCUGCAUGCCCCACGUGCCCUACAUUCUCAUCGGCACCCAGAUCGACUUGCGUGAUGACCCAAAGACGCUGGCUCGCCUCCUCCAUAUGAAGGAGAAGCCUUUGACUUAUGAACAGGGGCUCAAGCUGGCCAGAGAGAUUGGAGCCCAAUGCUACCUGGAAUGUUCUGCCUUGACACAGAAGGGGCUGAAGACGGUGUUUGACGAGGCCAUCCUCACCAUAUUCAGUCCCAAAAAGCAGAGGAAAAGAUGUGUGCCCUGUCAGAGCUGCUGCACAAUUGUAUGAGGCCCAAAAGGGGGCCAUGAGGCACUCCUGGUUCUCCUCUCUUCAUCAAUCCUUCCAGGAUCAUAUCCCAGAAUUCUGGCCUUCUCUAGUACAGUCAUGGAUCUUGCUGUACCAGAGUUCAAGAUGUCUGACUUUUUUCACCAAGGCCUCAGUCUAAGAGCCAACAGCUUGAGCAGAGGAACCCUCCACCGUACACGCACAAAUAGUCACUCACAGACAUGUAUAGAUACAUUCACCCACAAACAAUAGCACAGACUGUUGCAACUGUUGACUCAACAUUUUGAGUGUCAUACUCUCCUUCCCAACCAACUCCCAACCACCCAGCCGACUUCCCACCUCACAGUCAUGAAGCCAAAGACUUGACUCAAAAUGUGUGGCCUUAUUUAUACUGUUUGAUCAUCAUUUUCAAUUAACCAUUACCAAAAUUCUCCUAGUAAAAUAGCACUGUCUCAGCAUACAUUUUUUUUACACUUAGUUCUGUUUUAUAUACAUUAUGGACCUGUGGAAUAUUACAAACUGUAUUUUAUGAAAACCUUGUUUAUAAUCAGUAGUGUGCUCUUUUCAGAAUCAAUGCCUUCCAAGUUACGUGCUAGGUAUUAGAUGAGGUUCUCUAUGGUCCCUGGUGAACACUGUAACAGAGACUAUAAUAAGUACACACUUCCCACUUAGUGCCACACUGAACCACACUGAGCCAGUGCCAUGGACUGUGUUAAAUGGCACAGUACAUACAGCGUGUGGUACAGUGCUACUGUACGUGUUAAAUAUUUAACACUUUUUAUGAUGACUGCCUUUAAAUUGACUGUUGUAUGUAUUUUUGAUUCUCAACUGAAGCAUGUGUAAAAGGUGCUGUGAAAAUGGGGUUAGAUAAUGAAGGCUGUUUCAUACCAAAAAAACCCUGUGCAUUUUGGGUACUUUCGACCCUAGAUACCUUUGAUAAAUGGUCUGAUAUCAUUUUGCUCACCUAUAAGCAUAAUCCUAACUUAAUCUAGAAUAAUAUUGUAACCAAUUUCUAAUGUCGUUUUUUUUUUCUGAGUGCACACUCAGAAAAAAAAAUGUUUCCAAAAGGAAUCAUGAGUUCAUUGAGGAACCCUAAGGAGUAUUUUUUUGGGCAAAUGGCUCUCUGUCUGGGAGCUUUCACACUUCAGACCUAUUAUUUCCAUAAAACAAUAAAAAGGGUUUCUCUAUGGAGACAAGCCAAAGAACCAAAUUUUCUGAGAGUGUAGGCAAACAUGUUCUUCUCUGAAGCAUGUAAUGUCAGCUGCUGCUUCUUACCAUGCUGUUUGCAAGUAAAAGUGCAGGAGAAAUCAGAGAUCGCACGUCGUGAAAAGAGCCCCAAGCCAGCACAGAGAUGAGUUGGAGGAAGAUGCUUCCCGCCCCCCCAGCACCCCUGGAUGAUGGUAGAGAUAAUUAUGUAUCACCAUGGGUGGUGCUGGGUGCAGCCCCACUGUCAUUGUCUGGACUCUACACCAUAUAUAUAGUGGGGCCAAACCACAAACUACAAUAGUGCCUUAACAUGAUGAGCCACCCAGUGGCCCUUAAGAGACUAAGAACAUAAUUUAUGUUCUCCUUAUCAUCAAAGUAGUGUUUUCCUAUCACUGUAAACCUAAAUGCAAUUCAUUUGAAUUCAGUCAUUUCUCAACUUAAAAAUGUUAUAUUAUUAUGGAAAAAAAUGUUUUGUUUUGUUAAAUACUUGAACAGAUCAUGUUGCCCUACUGGUUCAAGGCUGUCAGAUUCUUCAAACCAUGUUAAUCAUGGUUAUAAAGGUAGAAGAAUGAAUAUUCUAUUUCUAUUGGCCAGAGGGCCAGGUAAAAUCGAGGAUUUAAUAUUGACAAAGUCAGACCAGCAUUUCCAGUAGACUUUAUCAACACUCAUAGAAGUCUCUGUCCCCUUGGCUGGUGAAAAAAUGCCAGGAAUUUGCCAGUGCCUUCCUUUACCCCCAACACUAUGUUUCACACAACACAUACAUGGUUACCAUGGUUGCAAAGGGUUUCAACUCCACAGUGAUGAGAGCUUUGAACACCGACACCAUAGCGAAAGCAGAUUCUUGUUCAUUCAGUUGAACUGUUUUUUCCACCAGUUUCCUUGUUACAGUCAGACAUUCUAAAAUUAAAAUGUAAGGUCUGCAUUGUGCUACAUUGCCACUGCCUGUGGUUGUUUUUUUUUCCUUUUUUUAUUUUAACUUUGUUUUGCCAAAGGGCUCAUACAAAAUUUUGACAACAAAUCUAUAGUAUCACCAGUCUACCAUGCAAAACUGUUCAUCGGCAUUCAUAGUUUCAUAACCAAUGAAAGGUCAAAUGUCACAAAGGAGAAAGAACAGCUGUAGAACAUGCAGUGUAUGAUGCUCCACUGAGCUGCACAAUAACAACCAUAGUCUAUUGUCUUUGUCAAUAAUUAUGAACCUCCUAACCCACGAUCACACUAAUGUGCUACAUUAUGUAAUAUUGUCCAGCACUCCAUUUGGUGCUACAUAUGUCUACAUAAGAUCUCCCUAGAGAAGUGAGAAUUUUAUUUUUCUAAAUUUGUUACAGCAGAAUCUAGUUUUUGAGCUCCCUGUCACAACUGAAGAUGGAACUGUGAAGACGAGAAGAACUCUUUCCUUUCACGUUCCCCUCCCAUAGAAUUCCCCCACACAAUCACACUGUUCUUCUUCAACCCCCUCCUGAUCAACCUCCGCCCCUUCUCUCAACCCCACCCUUCCUGAGAACUGAAACAAAAAAAACCUUUGUUUCACAGUUUUCAAAACUGCUUCAGAAGGUUUUUCCCAACCAUGGUGGGAUUUCAUUUUCCGUGAAAGCCACUGCUGUGUGUGUGUUUUUGUGUGUGUGUGUGUGUGUGUGUGUGUGUGUGUGUGUGUAUGUAUGUAUGUGUGUACAGAUUAAUGUGCUGGCCCGAGUUACUUCACCCGUCAUUCAACAUUCACAAAUAUGAAUUGUGCAAAUUUCCUGUGAAAAUGUAGUUAAUGUCAAUGACAUUCAGGUAUACUGUACUGCAUAUAUAAAAACGGACCUGAUAUUGUCAUUCUCAUAUUUCAGAAAAUGCUUGUACUUAAUAUACUGCAUAUGUGAAAAUAGUGCAAAUUAUUGCUAUAUUGUCCAUAUAAACCAUAUUUUAUAGUGUGCACACUAUGACAUUGACAGCACUAUACACGUUGACAUACAUUUCUCACAUUUGAUAUUUUUUAUAUUUUUCUAUAUAAUUUUCUAUAUAUCCUUAUGAUCAAAUGAUCCUUUUGUAGAUAAGAUAAAAUCGUAUGGUGGACAGU